GGCUUGCGUGAGGUGAGAGAGAGAGAGAGAGACACGGACGCGAGAUGAGACCUCUGCAAUUGCUCACGCAGAUUCGAUGAGUGGAUGCUGAAGCGCGUGAGCAAUCGAUGCCGUAGCGCAGAGGGCACACAGCAAGGCGAGGAUCGGUCCAGGCUUCGGCUCAAUUGGUGACCUGUGGAGGAAGCUGUGGUUGUUUGCGUGACCUUGUGUAGCUCUUGGUUGUGUUGGGAGAAAGUCGGCGCGGUGGUGCCGCUUUGGGAGCCUGUGAUGCUGGAUUGUGUUGUUGGCGGUGGGCAGGGGGCGUAGAAGUCUGCCUCGUACCUCAAGGCGUGGAGUUCCGGGCUCGGAAGUGUGGUUGGCGGAGCCGUGGCGUCGUUUUCGCCUUAGGAUGGUAUGGUCAUGUCGCAUUUGACUUAUCAACUUCAAGCGACGCGUUAGAGCACGAAUUGUAUCGUGGUUGAAGCUGCCGAAUGAGCGAAGCUAGAAGAGUUCAAGCGUCGGCAUCGUGUGUUUCAUAUCUAGGGCAGGCAUAGUCGUGAAUAUUUGUAAGAUCAUUCGAAAUCGUAAGGUUCUUAAUUCACUGGUGAAUAAACAAUCUUGGUUGAUUGGAUGGUCGUCAACUGUUCAGAAUCCUUUAUUUUAGGGUGAGCAAGCCGGAGUACCCUUUCAACUGCUGCUGGGUUGGCAUCUGAGUUGCCCGUGCCUUGACGAGGUGGUCAGAUUUGGUUAUUGAUCAGAGUUGCUCUCUAAUUUGGAAUGGUGAUGGGGACAUUCAACGCUGCUUUACGAAUUGAAACAGAAUGGUGAAAGAAGUGUGGGGAAGAGUUGAGGUGUUGGCUGUGGCCCCUUGCGUCCUUCGGUCACCUGUAGUUAGGGUAGAGGUAGAUUGUUAAAACAACAUGGAUACGAGAUGGCGUAAGUUUCUAAAUGGAGCAGGAGCAGACAUAUGGACAGUGAUUGAUAAUGUGUUGGACAUAGCUGCCACAGACUAUCCUCAUGAACUUCGAAUUCGACGGGAUGGUUUUGUAGAGAAGCUCUUCGCGCACCCCGCUUUGCUUUCUAAAUCUAAUGGAUGCUUGCCAGUCGUCGCUUGCCAUGAUGUCGAGGAGGCUCACGAUGACAAAGGUGUAGACCCUCCCGAUUACGAUUAUGAUCAUGUUAGAACCGAACUUAGCGAUGACGAGGAUAGGCUGGUAAAUUCAACGGAAGAGUACGAUGAAGCUGAGGCUUUGAAUGAUGCUAUGGAGGAGGAGGCCCGGCAGACGCUGGAGGUUUUAAGGGUAAAGGAUAUCCUUGCGGAUUCAUCGCAGGACGAGAGUGCUAUCUUGACAGCAUUGCGCACAUUAGAGGACAUGCACAUAUCUGUGGAGGCACUCAAGCAAACUGAAAUUGGCAAGGAAGUGAAUGCGUUGCGUAAGCAUCCAUCCAAGCGGGUUCGGUCACUUGCCAAGGAUUUAGUCAGAAGCUGGAAGGAUCUUGUUGAUGAGUGGGUGAAGAGUGCAGGAGAUGUUGCUGCUGCGGCCGCAGCAGAUUCAGCAGGAGUAGACAAUGGAGAGGAGGGCCUACCAUCUCCUCCUCUGGAUCCGGGUGCUCUCUUAGCUUCCACACGAGCAAACUCCAUCGAAAUGUCCCACUUUUUUGACGACUUUUUGGAUGAUUUAUCUGCGGGUUCAGGUCCUAGUCCACCGUCUUCUAAUGGAGCAUGUGAUGAUAUAGUGGCUCCUUUGAGCAAGAGGCAACAACAAAGUAGGGGUCCUACAGCUAGCCCCGAAUCCCAGGCUCCGAAGAAUAAGGGCCGUAUUAACACAUCAAACAGUCAUCAUGAGAUUCGAAAUGGUGAUGGCAGGUCUAUCCAGUCCAAUGGACGGAAAGCUUUUGACACGCCUAAUGGUAUCGAUAGAUCAGCACAUGGUAUUAGCCGAGGUAAUUCUGGCCCUGGACGACCGGUGGAUAGGUCUGGGCCCCCUAAAGCCGUCGGUAAUGGUACUGUAAGGAAAUUCGAAACAAAGCCUCCAGUUCCGAAAGACAACAAGCCUAAACCCGUACAGAAGAACUCUCAAGAACCGGAGGAAAACGUCAGUGUGUCAGCUAGACUUGAGGUUGCCAAGAGACGAAUGCAUGAAAGAUAUGAGCAAGAGAAUAAUGCUAAAAGACAGCGUGUGGUGCAAGUUAUGGAACUGACAGAACUUCCAAAAGGGGGACCCCAACGGGCCAAGGUGGGUCAAGGUCAUGGUCAUGGUCCUGCGAAGCCAAGCAUUGCAAAUCGGUUUCGAUACCAACAAAUACGGAGAUGAGUUGUCUAGUAUGUGAAUUCAACUUUCUAUAUCAAGAGCUGUCAUUUUAGUCUGCCAGAACCUGUGCAAGGGAAAAUCUUCUAGUCAAAGAGUUCACGGGAGAUAUUCGAGAUGGGAGUUAUUGGGUUCUUGCGAAUAUUGCACAGCCAAGAUGGCGAGUACAUAAAAUUUUGGACAAGAUCUGAGGAAAAUAUCAAGACUUAGCUCGUAGCAAGGUUUUAGAGAAGAGACUUGUCAUGGAUGUAUGUGUUCUGGCAUCUACUGCCCGUGUUGCUUCCAUUCGUCGCCUGCCCGCACAUAGGUUUUUUUUGGAAUAAGUUCCAGCUUAUUGCCCACUUUCAAGGUGUUACAGCGUUCAGGAAAAAACUAUCUGAAUGUCUGGUCAAGUGGUGGUAUCUGGACUAACCCUGAAACGACUUCUCACAAACUAAAUGGGAUAUGUUUUACGGUAAUUUUUGCACAGAUGCUAUUUAACUGCAUCUGAGCAGCAUAGGUACCUUUCUAUUGCCAUCGAGUCCUGACUUUUCCAUGAGCCCAUCCUGCAAGGAUAGACCUUUCGAUGGGUAUCCAAUAAAAGAAUCUGGGCCAAAAUUGACUGCAUAGUGGGUCUGGUUGAAACAUCAACCUGUGUUACCACUAUAGUUUGUCUACUCCAGUUUAGAACUUGGUGCACUUGUAAGUUGUAAGGAGUAUGCCGGUGUCUGUUUACAAUUGUGUGUUAAUACAGAAGCUGACCUCUAACAGGGUUCACUUCCAUGCAUGUUCUGGUUGAGAACACUUGUGUAGCGUUUCAAAGUGGGUUAUAAGUCACCUAAUGUUCUGCCAGGACAAUUUUGUAUAUAAGUUAUUAAUCGUAACGACUUCCAAUUGGUCCA